AUGGACCUCAGACACGGACCUCAGACAUGGACCUCAGACACGGACCUCAGACACGGACCUCAGACAUGGACCUCAGACACGGACCUCAGACACGGACCUCAGACACGGACCUCAGACAUGGACCUCAGACAUGGACCUCAGACACGGACCUCAGACAUGGACCUCAGACACGGACCUCAGACAUGGACCUCAGACACGGACCUCAGACAUGGGCCUCAGACACGGACCUCAGACACGGACCUCAGACACGGACCUCAGACAUGGACCUCAGACACGGACCUCAGACAUGGACCUCAGACAUGGACCUCAGACACGGACCUCAGACAUGGACCUCAGACACGGACCUCAGACAUGGACCUCAGACACGGACCUCAGACAUGGACCUCAGACACGGACCUCAGACAUGGACCUCAGACACGGACCUCAGACAUGGACCUCAGACACGGACCUCAGACAUGGGCCUCAGACACGGACCUCAGACACGGGCCUCAGACACGGACCUCAGACACGGACCUCAGACAUGGACCUCAGACACGGACCUCAGACAUGGACCUCAGACACGGACCUCAGACAUGGACCUCAGACACGGACCUCAGACAUGGGCCUCAGACACGGACCUCAGACACGGGCCUCAGACACGGACCUCAGACACGGACCUCAGACACGGACCUCAGACAUGGGCCUCAGACACGGACCUCAGACACGGACCUCAGACACGGACCUCAGACAUGGGCCUCAGACACGGACCUCAGACACGGACCUCAGACAUGGACCACAGACACGGACCUCAGACACGGACCUCAGACAUGGACCUCAGACACAGACUUCCUUCAGACACAGACUUCCUUCAGACAUGGACCUCAGACACGGACCUCAGACACGGACCUCAGACACGGACCUCAGACAUGGGCCUCAGACACGGACCUCAGACAUGGACCUCAGACACGGACCUCAGACAUGGACCUCAGACACGGACCUCAGACAUGGACCUCAGACACGGACCUCAGACAUGGGCCUCAGACACGGACCUCAGACACGGACCUCAGACAUGGACCUCAGACAUGGACCUCAGACACGGACCUCAGACAUGGACCUCAGACACGGACCUCAGACAUGGACCUCAGACACGGACCUCAGACAUGGGCCUCAGACACGGACCUCAGACACGGACCUCAGACACGGACCUCAGACAUGGGCCUCAGACACGGACCUCAGACACGGACCUCAGACACGGACCUCAGACACGGACCUCAGACAUGGGCCUCAGACACGGACCUCAGACACGGACCUCAGACAUGGACCACAGACACGGACCUCAGACACGGACCUCAGACAUGGACCUCAGACACAGACUUCCUUCAGACACAGACUUCCUUCAGACAUGGACCUCAGACACGGACCUCAGACACGGACCUCAGACAUGGACCUCAGACACGGACCUCAGACAUGGACCUCAGACACGGACCUCAGACACGGACCUCAGACAUGGACCUCAGACAUGGACCUUGA